AUGCUUGGUCGUUUGCAUAUGAGCGUCGAUGAAUGCAUCAUGCAUUACGCGAAUAUCAUGGAUGACAUCUUCAAGAAGAAGCGACUUCUUCCGUUCAGUGUGCGCACAGGGCAGAUUUCCUCUCGAUAUGCGACAGAUGUCCUCGAGGAACACAUCAAAAAGAUCAUAGAAAAGUCUGGUAAGCCAAGGGAGGAGAGAAUGAAAGAGUCAAACCCAAGAUGCAAAGUCUUCGUCGUUGCUUUAGGUAGCGAAAGUAACACUGUAUCCCACUUCACCAACUAUGCAAAACCGCAUGAGCAGAGUCAACUCCUCGUAGAUGUCAAGAUAUGGGAAGCCGCUCGGGCAACAGCCUCGGCGCCAACAUUCUUCGACCCUAUCAAGAUCUCAUGUAAUGGCUUCACCGAAACCUUCGUCGACGGUGCACUCGGCCACAACAAUCCCGUCAACCAGCUCUGGAUGGAAGCCGCAGAAGAAUUCGGAGAUCCGCUAGAGCCCAAAAUCCAGUGCAUUGUCUCUCUUGGAACUGGGAGGCCUGCCUUGAAAGAGAUCGGGACUUCUAUGAAAAGCUUUGGAGAAACGCUCCUGGCGAUUGCGGUCCAGACUCAGCGGACAGCAAUCAUUUUCCACAGAAUGCACAAGACUCUUGCCGAUAAUGGAGGCUACUUUCGCUUUAAUCUUCCAGAUUUGCAAGAAGUGGGAUUGUAUGAGGCGAAGAAAAGAGGCCUGAUACAACAGAGAUGUCGUGAUCAUGGGCAAGACCCAGAUGUGGAGGAUGCGAUGAAGAGAUUCAAGAAAUCUGUUACGGUUGGAAGAUCUUCCGUCAAGCCCAAACAAUACGAUGCGCCCACACUAGAGAGCGGUAUCACAUUUUCAGCCCUGGACAGAACCCCUCGUCACAUGAAUCCCGGUGCUACAAGUUACUGGAAUCACUUGACUCUCGAGGGCUAUCAAAUAUAUGAGAAAAUAUACGAGCAAUGCAGACUGCCGAAGAAAACCGAAGGAAUGGUGCACAUCAAAUCUUUCCUUCAUCAAAUCGCCAGAUCAAAAGUCAUACCAGAAUUCACCGCAAUCGAGACCUGGCGACGGCUUCUGGGCCCAGAACAACGCUCCGGACCAGACAUCCUUGGAACAGCACACCCCAAGGCCUUCGUCAUGGCAGUCCUCUACAUGCUUCACGUUGAGCAUUCAUUCAAUUCCAUGAAGCCUAAUCUUCCCGAUGGAGAAAUUGGUGUUGACAAGAACAGAAGAGAGGCACUGAAGAGGUUUACCAAGUGGAUACCUUGUAAGUGUCAGGAGCUGUGUGGGAAUGAAUGGAACUUUGCGAAUGAUGUCGGAUUACCGAGGGGUAAUGAUGAGAAGUGUAAGAUUGUGAAAUUUCUUGCGCAGUGA